CUCUCUCUCUCUCUUCAGAACCACUUGUGCUGCAUAUAUAUAUAUAUAUAUUUAAGCUCCAACAUAAUAUAUAUAUAUAUAUAUAUAUAUAUAUCUCUCUCUCUCUUCUCAGAACCAAUUGUGCUUCUGGCUAAAGAUCCUAGUGUUCAUCAGUCAAAACUCCCAUCUAGAGCAUUUCUGCUGCAGACUAUCACUUGUGUCAUAUAGCUCCUCCAGGAUUAUCUCUCAUGAAUCCAGUGCAUACACACUUGUACAACCAUGGAUCUGAAGCUGUUUCUCUCCUCAGAAACCAGCAAAAUCCAAUUUAUCAGUCCCCUUUGGAUCCCCCGGGCAAUGGUUUUCCCAUUUUAGCGAUUGUCGUACUUGGUAUCUUGGCGACAGCUUUCUUGCUAAUGAGCUAUUAUGUCUUUGUAAUGAAAUGCUGCCUGAACUGGCAGCAGGUUGACCUGCUGAGCCAGUUCUCCAUCUCGCAAACUCGGCGAAGUGAAGACCCGUUGAUGGACUACUCUCCAGUGACCCAGAAUCGAGGGCUCAACGAUACUUUGAUUCGCGAUAUCCCAACUUUCCAAUUCAAAAGAAGAGAAAGUGAAGAUCACAGAAGCUUCUUUGGGUGUGUGGUCUGCUUGAAUGAGUUCCAAGAACAAGAAAUGCUAAGAGUUCUUCCAAGUUGUGGGCAUGCCUUCCACUUAGAUUGCAUUGACAUAUGGCUUCAAGGCAGUGCAAAUUGCCCUCUUUGCAGAUCAAGCAUUUCAGGCGCAACUCGGUUGCCAUUUGAUCGGAUCAUUGCUCCAACCUCUUCGCCGCAGGAUUCGCAGCUGUUUGUAGAUAGUCUGAUGGGCAGUGAUGAGGACUUCGUAGUUAUUGAAUUAAGUGGAGAAGAUGGAGAAGUCAUGUUGCCUAAUAGACGGCAAGAAAGAGGUGAGUCAAGAGAGCUCAUGGCACUAUCCAGAAGUUGCUCAAGAAGGAAGUUAGAGCAUAAGCUUGGAAGCAUAAAACAGAGAAGGUUGCAUCAUGUGUCAAGCAUGGGGGAUGAGUGUAUUGACAUAAGAGAUAAAGAUGAUCAGUUCUCCAUCCAGCCCAUCAGGAGAUCUUUUUCCCUUGGUUCUGCAGCCGAUCGACAACUUUAUCUGUCUGUUCAGGAGACUAUACGGCAUGAAUAUAACAAAAGUGAAGAAUGCAGUAGCAGAGCUCAAAUGUCAUGCUUUUCGUUUGGACAUGGUCGAGCUCGAGGAUCCAAGAAUGCAGUUCGUCCUGUUGAAUUCUAGCUCUAAAGCUAAGAAUUUUGUUAUCACAUAUCUUUUUCUUUUUUGUUAGUUUGAUCUUUGGAGGGCAAGCCUUGGCAUAGGUGAGGAUGUUCCAUCCAAACCUGAAAGUCACAAGCAGGAAAGAGUCUCUCCAAGCAUGGCCCUCUUGAAACCCCUGAUGGCGUGAGGGCCUUGUGUAUUGGGUGUCACAUUUUACAUUUUUUUUUUUCGUUAGUUUGAUCUUUGUUUUGUAAGAGGAGGAGAGGAUGAGAGAUAAGAGUGGAAUUAAAGAGUUUGUUUGAUGUGCUUGGACACAAAGAUUACAGUGGGUGUAAAGAGGUUUUGGAUUGAUC